AAAAAAAUGAGACAACUUGGGAGAAGGGGGAGGAACCAACGAGCUGCACAAAAGGGAUAGGAGCAGCUGGCCGCAAUACACACUCUCAGCUCUUGGCCACAGGGCAGGGGCAGAACAUUCAGCGGCAAAAAUACUUCACAUCUGAAAUUACUCAGCAGUAGCUAUAAGCAGAGAACUAAACGCAGACAUGGGAUAGAUAGCAACUCAGCCACAAGCAAUCAAGGCCAUCUGCUGGCCGGAAGAAGAGAAAACCACAGCCAGCUACUCGUUCAUUCACCUUUCGACUUUAAUUUUUAAGGUCUUGUAUUAAAUAUCUUCUUUAAAUUCAUGUUUGAAUAAUCUUUAAAUUUAUUCUUGGACCAUUUAUAAUUUCGAAUUGCUCUUAUCUUUAAUGUUGAACUGCUAUUACUUCGAGUUGAUAUUUUAAUUAUGUUCAUGUGCUAUUUUAGCUCCACCUUCAUUAAUGUUCUUAGUUUCUUGAUAGUUAUGUUAGGCUAAAUCUUCAUGGGGUUUGGAUUUGGAUAAAAUUUAGGUUAAUGGGUGUUCUUGAAUAUUGAGUUGAAUUUGGGAAAAUCUCUAAUUUUUAGGACUAGUUGUUUGAGAUAAAUUUGAAUGAGUAAUUUGUGAAAUUGAUCACUUCACUUGUGAAUGUUUGGAAAAUUAAUUCUUGCUUGUCUAUGAGUGUAGAAUUAAUUUAGCUCACAUCUCACACACCCUAAACUAAGCCUAGAAAUAGGACAUGUUAGGGAAUUAAAAUUAAAUUCUUGUCUAUGAGAAUUAAUGUUACUACUAUUCUUAGAUUGGAGAAAAUACCCAAAUUUAAUUAUAACCAAAGACACCCAAGAUCCUUAAUUCCAAAUCUAAACCCCACUUUUAAUUAGUUACUCCGUAAUUUAUUGUCACUAGUCACAUUGAAUUUACUUUUAGCAUUUUAUUUUAGAAACUUUACUCAUCCAUUUGUUUGCUAGUUUAAUAUUUUCAUUAGUUAAUUUUCUCUCUAAAGUUAUUUUUCAUGUUCACUAGUUUUAGUUUACUCAUUAGUGUAAUUUAAUUAAAUUCUCAGUUACUACUUUUGUUGUUUAAUUUUAUUUGCUUAAUCAUUACCACAAUUAAUCGUUUGAGAAAGCUUGCAACGACUCGUACUAACCGGUGACCGAUAUUGAAACCAACAACUUCCCUCCGCCACUCCUCAGAGACACGAUACUCGGGGAUAAACUUUUCCACCCGGAAGGGUUAAACUCCGUUUUACUACAACGACGCGAAAGCGGUUAUCACAUACAAAAUAUAAAUGAAUACCUUAAUUGGUGAAAUUCUUUUUAUUGGAAUUCUCUCUAGCAUAUACGGUUCUGCCAUUUCAUCAUUGAGAAGUAAAUCUGAAUCCAGAAAGAUAUUUUGAUUUUUCCAAUUCCCCAUCUAGGUUUGUAUUUUGAACUUGUGAUAAUUAGUUAAUUUAUAAAUACAUGCCUUUAUUACGAAAAAAAUGCUUUUAUUAGAGCAAAAUAAAUUUCCAUUUAAUUUGGAUAUUACAGAGUUCUUUUACUAUGCAGUAAUAAAAUAAGAACUGUAUUCUUUAAAGUUGGGAUUGAUUUGGUUGCUUAGAUUCAAGGAAUAAGAAAGUUGGGGUUGAUGGCUUCGUGUUAAAUUACUAGCUUAUUGCUUUAUUGGUGCCGAUUGUGCAUUACUGAAUAAGAAAGUUGGAGAUUGAUUUUGGUUGCAUAGAUGUAGAAAAGGAUACGAUAUUGAUGGAUAGAUUUAGAAGCCGACAACAGCAAGUCCAUCUGUGACCAGCGGUGGAAAGAAAUUACCAGACGAUCAACCAAAAUCCACAACAGCCCAAAAAGUUCAAUUAAUUUGGUGGAUGAGGAAAUUCAUUAAUUUGGUGGCUGUGGGAAGAAAUAAGAGAGAAUUCCCUAAAUAGGAGUAAAAACGUUUUGAAAUUCCAAAAUAGGAGUAUCAUGUUUUUUAUUCCCUAAAUAGGAGUAAAUUUCUGUCAAGUUUGGGCAUUACAAGGCUUUAAACAUGGCAUUUUGUUCCAAACUUGGCAGAUUACUCCUAUUCAGGGAAUAAAAAACAUGAUACUCCUAUUUUGAAAUUUCAAAACGUUUUUACUCCUAUAUAGGACAAUUUCUGAAAAAAUAAAGGGGCUGUCAAUAGAAUAGAAACACCCCAAUUACAAAGGUUGUAGUCUCCUAUUAAGCAUCUAGAUUUUUCUUGGGCCAGAAAUGGAUCUCGGAUGACUAGAUACCAAUUUACAUACUUGGGCUUUACCCAGGAUAGCAUCCCGCCCAAUUUACGGCCAUUGUUCGUCUAAAAUUAUACGCAGUAGGGUUUAUCACCACGUGUUUGAUGAAGCACAGAGAAGCUGUAGUUUAGAAGCCUGUCCUUGCAGUGAACGAAUUUCAGCUUAGCUUCACAUCUCAUGGGAUCAAAGAAUAGAAAGAGCAAGGGUGUUACCAAGUUGGGUAAGCCGGACGGCGGUGCCGGUACCACCGCAUUCGGCCGCGGAAGUCGUCAAAAUGUAAGCAACACCAUCACAGAUGCUCGGUUCGCAUCCAUUCACACGGAUCCUAGGUUCCGGAAAGCUCCAAAGCGAAAAUCCAAGGUGGUGCUCGAUUCCCGCUUCAGCCAUAUUUUCACAGAUAAGAACUUCGCGUCAACGAAGGCAAAGAUUGAUAAGAGAGGCAAACCCAAGAAAGACUCUUCGCAAAAUCUCAUGAAACACUACUACCAUCUCGAGGAAGAAGGAAAAGAAGCGAUUGGACGAGGUGAGGAGUUGACGAGCAAAAAUGUUGAUGUCAAAGAAGAGGACGAGGAAGAAAGUUGCAGUGAAGCAGGACAAAGCAGCAGCGAUGAUGAUAGUGGGAGCGGGGAGUUGGAGAAGGGAAAUUUGAUAAGUAAGUUGGGUGCUACAGAGUCCGAAAACGAAGAUGAAGAGUGUCCUAGUGAUGAUUCCUCUUCAACAAGUUCUACGGAUUCUGAUGAAGAGAAUGAGAUUAAUCUAGACGAAGAAGAUACCUUUGUGCAGGAAGAAACCAUACAAACAAUUGAGAAGGAAACUCAUAGACUAGCAGUUGUUGGUAUGGAUUGGGGUCGAGUAAAGGCAGUAGACAUAUAUGUGCUGCUGAGUUCAUUUCUCCCAAAAGGAGACCUCAUUAAGUCUGUUGCUGUCUAUCCAACUGAGUUUGGACUAAAGCGCAUGGAAGAAGAGGCACUGCAUGGUCCAGUUGGUCUGUUUGAUGAAGAUGAAAAUAGCAAGAGGAGUGAUGAUGAGGACGAUGAUGAAAUUGAAAAUGAGAAGUUGCGUAAAUAUGAAUUAAGCCGGCUCAGGUAUUAUUGUGCUGUAGUGGACUGUGAUUCAAUUGCUACAGCUGAUUACCUUUACCAAAACUGUGAUGGGGUUGAAUUUGAAAGGACAUCGAAUAAAUUGGAUUUGAGGUUUAUUCCUGAUUCUAUGGAAUUUAAACAUGAGCCACGUGAUGUUGCGAUAGAGGCACCAGCUAACUAUGAAGGUUUAGAUUUUCAUACUCGAGCACUUCAACACAGUAAUAUUGAACUUACAUGGGAUGAGGAUGAGCCACAGCGUACGAGGACCUUGAAGCGGAAGUUCAACGCUGAUCAGCUUGCAGAACUGGAGCUGAAGGAAUAUUUGGCACCUGAUGAUAGUGAUGAAACUGAUGAUGAUGAGGGCAAUGAAGAAGACUCUGGAAAUAGAACCACAAAAAAACAUAAAAAACAGGAAAUGUAUCGUUCAUUACUUCAUUCUGGAGACUGUUCUGAUAACAGUGACAAGGAUGAUUAUGAUGACGAUGACGAUCAAGAGGACAUGGAAGUCACUUUCAACACAGGAUUGGAAGAUUUAAGCAAACGUAUUCUUGAAAAGAAGGACAAACAAUCUGAAUCUGUUUGGGAAGCCUAUCUUAGAAAGCGAAAAGAAAAAAAGAAAGCCAGGAAAAACAGAUCAAAGGAUUCAUCAGAUGAUGAAAGCAGUGACGGUGAUUAUGAUGAACAAAAAAAUCAUUUAGAAGAACCCGAUGACUUUUUUGUUGAGGAACCGGUGGCUAUUGGAAAUAAGGACAGGAAAGGUAAACGUGCCGGGAAAGUGAAACCGGAUCAAGGAACCGCCCAAGAAGAUAUAGCAGGUAGAGCAGAGCUUGAGUUGUUGUUGACGGAUGAAAAUGGAGGAGGUACCAAGUUGAAGGGCUAUAAUAUGAAGAAACGCAAGAACAAGGAUAGAAAAGGAAUAGAAAUUAUUGAUGAGGAUAAGAUACCAAAUAUGGACUAUGAGGAUCCUCGGUUUUCCAGUUUGUUCACUUCACCACUAUUUGCUUUGGAUCCCACUGAUCCGCAGUUCAAGAGGAGUGCAAUCUAUGUAAGGCAGAUGUCUGAGAAGCAACACAAGACCGCCCCAGAAAACGUCAAGGGAAAGGAGGAAGGCAGAGCAGAAGAGUUUCCUUUGAGAAAAGAGAAGCAUGAACUCUCCUCUCUAGUCAAAUCAAUUAAAAUGAAGUCAAAGCAAAUCCAACCGCCCUCUCUAAAUAAGGCGACAAAGAAAGGUGAAAAGCUGAUAUUGAAGACAAAAAAGUAGAAAGACACACUUCCUCUCUGUGAUGAACUUCUUAUGGAUGGAUAUAGAGAUAUUACUUAUUCUUUUUAUUUGUUACAUUAUCUUUUUUGCAGCUUAUUAAUUAAUUGUUGUAGUGUAUGAUUUCCUCCAAUAUCUUGCAACUUGUUAUGGAUGGGUUCAUGGAAUCAUGGGUAUAGAGCUAUUACUUAUUUUUAUUUGUUACAUUUUCUUUUUUUUGCAGCUUAUUUAUGCAUUAAUGAGUUGUUUAGUAUGACUUCC